AUGAGAAAGCGCGGGAAGGUGAAAUUUUUUAUAAUAUACCUCGUUGUGAUCUUGACAGUCUGCAGAUUAGCCGUGGGAAGACACAGGUUGCUUAAUCACAGAUUGGGGCGACGAGGCGAUGAAGCUGGGGAUGAGAAUGUCGGGAGUGUGUUGUUUGACAGAAAUAAUGCUGGAAAAGUUUGCUGGGAAGUUGAGGAGCUCAUACUUCUCAAUAGUAGACACAUCUUUCAGGACAUUCUUCCGCAGAUCAGGGUAAUUGACACUCGUAACGACACUUACAUCGGUCUUUUGAUGGACUACAUGGACAUAUGUCUGGAGGCAGUAAGGGGAUUAACUUCCGGGAAGACUAAGCAUUUAGUUUUAAAGGCUCUAGCUGACACUCUAGCCGGCUAUCUACGGGUUUAUAUCCUCCCCAUGACAAAGAGGUCCUACUACGCUGGUAAUAUCAAGUAUCGAAAAGCUAAGAGGCUGUUUGAUCUUUACGACGAGCUCAAGGUUUUUUUACGGAGUAAUGGAGUUGGAUGGAGAAAACCCAGAGAGUUUCAUCAGCAUCUUGAUGUUACAGCGGUUGAUAUACCCCCCGGGAAAAGUGAUCAGGACUGCACGGGAUUGAUUCUUUAUCCUGGUAAAAGCUUCUUGUCUGUCGAGUAAUUAAUAUCUGCCUUUUAUUUCGGUUUUUCAUUGGAUUUAAGACGCUUUCCAGGCCCUGAUCGAUCUGUACAAGUUCCCAUGCCUUAUCUCGACGACGAGAGUAAUCCUAACAGCAUAGCACUUCCAUUUGAAGUGGCAAGUCUGUCAUCGCUAUUCAGUGAAGAAUCAGCAUUUGUUCUCGUCAAGUAUUACGCGGCUGGAGAGAAGUGCCUCUCGUCCCGAUCGACAAAGGGACAAUUGGAAAUAUUUCAAAGGCAACUUUUUGAUUGGAUUCAGGAACACGUGAAUCAACACUUGGACGAGGAAAAAUGGUAUCCAGCGUUUGGCGGGGUUUUAAAAAUAACAGCGAGUCUGGAAGCGGCAGGUGUAAAACCGAGUAAAAAUGGUGGACAUCAGCCGUCGCCGAAGAAUUUCGGUGGCAAGCCCAUACCGAACAUCCUCCCAUUUCCCCCCAUGAAUACCCAGUACGAACUACUCGGAAGAAGAGAACUCGUUAUUGUAGCUGUUGCAAGUGCACUACUAAUUUGGCUAUUACUCGGGAUGAGUCUUAUCUGCUGGAAAAUUCUGGCAACUCGCUCGUCCAACUCCCCGGAAGACACUCCGGUCGCUGUCCUCUAUGAAAACAGAAAAUACCCGAGCCCAGAUAUCUCCUCGCCGUCGGAGGGUGGAAUUUUUACGCGCGUGAAAAAACUCUGGCGACGAAAAUCAUCAUCCGUUCCGCGCUGUGAGUGCCCAUCCGAGGAGGACGAUGAAUGCGAUGAAGAAAGAUGUCUUGGCUCAGUGAGCUACAGUACCGAUGAAAUAGACAGACAAAUGGAGAAUAAAAGACGAAAAAAACGUACAAAGUUUACAUCAGUGCCAUCGAGUACCACCCAACGUCGAUCCAAUGGGAAAUCCUACUAUUCAACGGACGAGUCGAGCACUGAGACGAGGGAACGGAGUCCUUAA